AUGUUCGACCGGCCAGCAGCACAACCAGGUCCGUACGGUCCAAACAACCCUCCACCGCCUCCGUCCGAGCCCCCACCGCGUGGACCCAGGGAACGCGAGAACGUGGGUCGAAGUUCCGACGAUGUGGACAGCGAGAGAAUGCAAGGUCGACGCCGUCCGCAGCUAGCUGUGCGAAAACGAGAUUACGCACGGGCGGAAGAAGAACUACGAGUGAGACAGCGAGAUCGUAACCGUAGUCGUUCGCCUGCCCGGCGUCAAGAUCCGCGAGAUGAGCAAGAUUGGCGUGGUGAGCGGGCACGGUAUCGAGAGCGGUCACCGCUGCGUCGGGAGCCAGUCGACGUGGAGCCGCAGCGAGAGGACCGGAAGCCGGAGAAGGCAGAGUACCAGCGGUGCUUUGCUUGUAACAAGAAAGCCGCCUUCACCGAUAAGAAGGGCUGCUUUCGAUGUGGAGAGCAAGGGCACAUCGCUCGUGCUUGCAAGAUUCAAGUUGGCCAGAUCAAGACUGAUGCUGAGGUUGCUGCGGAUGAGGCGAAGGCUAUGGCUGGCCGAUACGGUGACCGCGAUGACGGCAGGCAUUGGUCGCCCAGGCAAGAUGCUGCUUUCCGAAUCAGUCGCACGAGAGAUACCAGCCGACUGGAAGCUCACAUCCAGCAAGCGUACGGCCAAGCUCAAGAUGCGCAGCAACAUCAUCAAGCGCCUUCGCGUCCAGAGUACUUCGUCGAGGACGAAGUGGACUGGGACGACGACGCUCUAGAGACGGCCCACGUUGCUCCCGCGGUGAGAAUGAGUACCGGUCGGAAGAUGCCACAGCCUGAGUAUCCGAGGCAUGAGGAGCCGUAUCGCCAUCAGGAAGUUCCAAAAUCCCCUUCUGCAACCACUCAGCAUGGGCCAGUUCAGUCAACGCACCGCAGAUCCAGCCAAACGCCCAGCACAGCAAAGUCAGCCAAGGAGCCCAAGUUAGGACUACCACACCUCCAAAAUCCAGAGAACGGUGAGUUCCCGCCGACAGUGCAUGAUCUCCGCGGCUACGACUACCGCAUCUUCGCCACGUAUGCCGCCAAGCCCAAGUCCCAGCGCUUCGUCAACGGUGCCAACGGCAAGAUCGCCCCCGGAAUGUACGGUUCCGAGCAGCGCCACGACCUGGGGCUUUGCUUCACCACAUACCUUACGAAGAAACGCUGUGAGAUGGGCGUCAAGUGUCCCUGGCGCCAUCACCCGCUUUCGAAGUCUGAGGAGGCCUGGAUCAUUGAGUACGGCAAGCAGAAGGGCAAGGAGUUCAUCGAAAACGUGGAUCGGUGGUGGAACUUCCCCGAGACGCCGGUUCCGGGGACCAGUAUGGAGGGCCUGGGUGACGGCGAGAACUAG